AUGUGGGGUCCAAAUAGCGCCUUGCACAAGCGCAGUAAUGUUAUGAAUAAAAAUCUGAUACAAGUGCAGGACUGGUCUGAAAGAUGGUAUAAUCGCAAUACAGCAAUAACAUUACCACCUCUUCGAUUAUACGGCUCAUCGAUCAGAGAACAUGAGGAAGUUAAGUAUUUAGGCUUAACAAUUGCAUUUGAUCUUGCAUGGAAUUCUCAUGUAAAUAAAGUUAGUGUUAAGACAUCUUCUAUUGUGGGUUUAAUGAAAUAUCAUCAACGAACUUUAAUGAAGAAUGUUUUAGAAAUUAUUUAUAAAUCGUGUGUUUUGUCUAUAAUAAAUUAUGGUGCAAUACUUUACUCAUUAACUACUGACGUGAACUUAAAAAAACUAGACACAGUUCAAUACGAUGCAGCGCGAGCGGUAUUGGGGGCAAUGCGAGGGAGCUCGAAAGAUAAAUGUUUAGAAGUAUUGGGUUGGAUUCCUUUGCGCUCUCACUUUAAGAUUUUGCGUUUAUUGUUUUUUGCAAAAAUCAUGAAAGGCCUUGUACCGCAGUAUUUAACUUAUCAUUUACAGUAUCAUCCACAAAAUACUAGGUACGCCUUGCGUAGUAAUCAAGUUUCUAUCGUUGAACCUGUUGAUCCUGUUCCAAACGACUUUUUCUCCUUAGUUGCAUGUGAUUGGAAUGAAUUGAUAGGAAAACAACCUAAUGUCCUUACUCUAAAAAUUGCAAAAUUGCGCGAACUCCUGAUUAAUUUUAUGAUUCUGAAAAUGAUCUUUUAUAUAUUUUGCGUUUUAAUACUCAUUAUUAUUACUGAAGGAUCACGUGUACAACCUACACCUCCUUCCUGUGCAAGUAAAUCAGCAGAUCAUGUACCAUCUAUCUUAAUUGAAAAUCUUAUUCAGUCGUCAAAAACACAACUUGAACAAUCCAAAACUUUGAUAGAUAAUCAUCACGACAAAAUUAAAACUCAUGUGAAAGAAACUGUUAAAUCAAUUGAUAAUCAUCGUGAACGAAUUGACAACUACUCAAAACAAUUAGAUAAACACAAGAAUAUUCUAAAGUUUGUCUUUUCAUCCCGUCUUUUCAUUGGUAUUGGUAGUGUUAAUUCUAUUAUUAAUCGUUAUCCUGAUCCGUAUUUUGAAGGAGUGGUUCCAAGACCUGGUACAACCAAUGAACGUGUUGCUAAACAAGAAAUUUCAACCGUUGAUAAUUUUACAUUGUCAAAUGCCAUAGCUGCUGUACUCGUUGAAAAACUGUCUUAG